AUGGCCGAACAACUGAUCUUGAAGGGAACCCUCGAGGGCCACAAUGGCUGGGUCACCAGCCUGGCUACCUCCAUGGAGAACCCCAACAUGCUCCUGUCUGCUUCCCGAGACAAGACCCUGAUCAUCUGGAACCUCACCCGCGAUGAGACCCAGUACGGUUACCCCAAGCGAUCUCUUCACGGCCACUCCCACAUCGUCUCGGACUGUGUUAUCUCCUCCGACGGUGCCUACGCUCUGUCUGCCUCUUGGGACAAGACUCUGCGUCUCUGGGAGCUUGCUACCGGUACCACCACUCGACGAUUUGUCGGCCACACCAACGACGUCCUCUCCGUCAGCUUCUCCGCCGACAACCGCCAGAUCGUUUCCGGUUCUCGUGACCGAACCAUCAAGCUCUGGAACACCCUCGGUGAUUGCAAGUACACCAUCACCGACAAGGGCCACACCGAGUGGGCUUCUUGCGUCCGCUUCAGCCCUAACCCCCAGAACCCCGUCAUCGUCUCCGCUGGCUGGGACAAGCUUGUCAAGGUUUGGGAGCUCUCCACCUGCAAGCUCCAGACUGACCACAUUGGUCACACCGGCUACAUCAACACCGUCACCAUCUCCCCCGACGGCUCCCUCUGCGCCUCCGGUGGUAAGGACGGUACCACCAUGCUCUGGGAUCUUAACGAGUCCAAGCACCUCUACUCCCUCAACGCCAACGACGAGAUCCACGCUCUUGUCUUCUCCCCUAACCGAUACUGGCUGUGCGCUGCUACUGCCAGCAGCAUCAUCAUCUUCGAUCUCGAGAAGAAGAGCAAGGUUGAUGAGCUCAAGCCUGAGUUCCCCGCUGCCGGCAAGAAGAGCCGAGAGCCCGAGUGUGUCAGCUUGGCUUGGUCUGCUGAUGGCCAGACUCUGUUCGCUGGUUACACUGACAACAUCAUCCGUGCCUGGGGUGUCAUGUCGAGGGCAUAG